AUGUCCGAGGAGAAGCCCAAGGAAGGAGUGAAAACCGAGAACGAUCACAUCAACCUGAAGGUAGUCAGGCAGGAUGGGUCAGUGGUCCAGUUCAAAAUUAAGCGACACACACCUCUGAACAAAUUGAUGAAGGCGUAUUGUGAGAGACACGGCCUGUUAAUGAGACAGAUUCCAGUCAGAUCUGAUGGACAACCAAUUAAUGAGACGGAUACCCCUGCACAGCUGGAGACGGAGGAUGAAGACACAAUCGAUGUGUUCCAGCAGCAGACAGGGGGAGCGUGUGAGGCACACGGGCCAGAGCCCCCGGGGUCUUCCUCGGUCUUGGGAUAG